AUGAAAAAAGGAAAUGUUGAUUCACUGCUAGAUCCUCUACCUCUCGUUUUGCCCAUCAUGAGCCAACAACCUGGAAAACGGAACGACAAAAGUAACACCAAUAAUAAAACUACUGCAUAUUGGAAAAAGAAACAUUUCUAUGACAAAUUCAAAAACAACAAAGCUGCAGGACAUAAAAAAAUUAUCGAUAAAAAGAAAAAAAAUCCUGGUCAUACACCACGUCUAACCCAGACCACACUAACGCCUAGCCCUUACGAGGGAUGGAAGCUAUAUUUCGAUGAGGAACUUUACUCACCCAGUUCUGACGCUGCGUAUAAAGUUAAAGCCUUUAUGAAAUUUUUUACCAAUUAUUUAUAUGAUGAAGAUAAGACACAACAACUCGAUCUGAUAUUUAGUACUAAGAGCCUAGUAAUCGACUUCGGCUACUUAAAAGAAAAUGAAGAGUUGCUGAGUGAGUGCCCAUCCAUAGCAGAUGAAAUUACGGAACAGCCCCAUAAAAUUAUAAAUUGUAUGGGAUUAGCUGCUUACGAAGUCUUGACUAGUAUGGCUCGAUAUGGUACCGUGAACGAUCAUGACGUUGAAGAAGAAGAUCUUUAUCCAUUUCGAAAGGAGUCGUUACCAAAAAUAUCUGUUAGAAUCUCUAACUACGAACCGGUUAUCCCGCUAAAGAGCUUGAAGGCUAAUUACUAUGGUAAACUGGUUGCAGUCCAUGGAACUGUUGUUCGUGUCAGCAACAUUAAGCCCCUCGCAGUCCAAAUGGCGUUUACAUGUAAUACUUGCGGUGACAUGCAGGUUAUGAGAUUCUUGGAUGGCAACUACAAAGUUCCCAAUAAGUGUGUAUCAUCUGAAUGUAAAGGAAGAUCCUUUAGUCCAGACGUUAGCUCCAAGCAUACAGCAACGGUAGACUGGCAAACAAUCAGAGAAAGUGGUCGUGUUCCAAGAACCGUAGAAUGUGAACUUAUCGGCAAUAUCGUUAGUAGCUGCGUUCCAGGAGACCUAGUAAAUGUUGUUGGAAUAGUUAAAAUCAUAAGCAGCGAUGAAGGUCGCAACAAGAACAAAGAUAAAUGCAUGUAUCUCUUAUAUAUCAAUGUGAAUCACCUAGAAAACUUUAGUAGUAAGAAAAAAUCACUUCGCUCGCUUAACCCGAUUAAUGAUAACGCUGCAUUUUCAAUGAAGAUGGUUAAGGCUGGUCUUGCUUUGGCAUUAUUUGGAGGCAGACAUAAAUACCUGAGUGAUUCAAACAACAUUCCAGUUCGUGGAGACCCACAUAUGCUAGUAAUCGGUGAUCCCGGCCUUGGCAAAAGCCAAAUGCUGCAGGCUGUAGCAAAUAUAGCCCCGAGAGGCGUAUACGUAUGUGGAAACACUACCACGAAAUCUGGUCUGACGGUCACUCUUACGAAAGACGGCUCUACGGGCAACUACUCAUUGGAAGCUGGGGCAUUAGUUCUGGCUGAUCAAGGAUGCUGCUGUAUUGACGAAUUUGAUAAGAUGUCCAAUCAGCAUCAAGCACUUUUAGAAGCAAUGGAACAGCAAAGUAUUAGUAUAGCGAAGGCCGGAGUGACUUGCAGUUUACCAGCAAGAACAUCAGUUAUCGCAGCAGCAAAUCCUGUUGGAGGGCACUAUGAUUUAUCUAAAACAGUUUCAGAAAAUUUGAAGUUAGGCAGCGCGCUGCUGUCUAGAUUCGACCUGAUCAUAUUGUUAAAAUUACAAUUUUUAUUCUCUAAUGAGCAGGUUUUUAUACUUCUCGAUAAGCCCGAUGCGGACAUGGACAGCAUGAUAUCUGAACAUGUAAUGUCUCUCCAUUCUGGAAUUGAUUCCCAUGGAAAUGUAUUGCAAGCUACUGUUCGACGUCUAUCUCAGCGCGGUGACUCACAAUCAGAACUGGAAGCAGAAGAAUCACUAGUGCAAACGUUAAAGAUAAGACGAGGCGAAAGUUUUGCAGCUAUCCCUGCAACGCUACUUCGAAAGAAUGCUUCGGUAUGUAUUAUUUAUUAUCAAAAGUAUGUUUCCUAUACGCGACUGUAUGUCCAUCCCAAGCUAUCGAAAGAAGCUGCAGAUAUCUUACAGGAAUUUUAUUUAAAUCUUCGUCAACAAAGAUAUGGUUCAAACAUCACACCAAUCACAACUCGUCAAUUAGAAUCUCUUAUUCGUCUGACCGAGGCUCGUGCUAGAUUGGAGAUGAGAGUUGAGGCUACUAAACAAGACGCACUUGAUGUCAUCGAAAUUAUGAAGAACAGCAUGCUUGACAUAUUCUCGGAUGAAUAUGGUAGAUUAGAUUUUCAGCGUUCCCAAAAUGGUUCGGGGAUGAGUAGCAGAUCUAGGGGCAAACGAUUUAUUGGAAUACUUAAUAAUUUUGCCGGCCGUGAAGGCAAAUCAAUAUUUUCCGUACAAGAAAUGUCGAAAAUAGCCAGGGAUGCGUCUUUCGAUACGGCAAACUUUGACGAUUUAAUCUAUUCGUUAAACAAUCAAGGUUAUCUAUUAAAAAAAGGCUAUCGCGUUUACCAACUGCAAACUCUUAAUUAG